ACUUUUGCUCUAAUCAGUUUUAGUAGGCUAAACUUUCGAAUAUAAAAUGGGUGUGUUCACUGGAUUUGGUAGCUGGAUCAAUCUGAACAGUCAACAGCCUCUUAAGGCCGAGUCCCAGAGAUCUGAAAAUGGCGAAUCUAAGUCGGCGUCAGAGAAAGACACUACUAAGAAGAAGGAGGAGGAGGAGGUGGUAUAUUAUGAUGAAAAAGAGGACACGAGACAAGAGGGACUUUGGCAUGAAGCAGAGAAGAAGCAUCCAUGGCAUAAUUCACCUCCCAAGAUCAAGAUGACAAAUAAGAAGGGUCUUUACCAUAUGAACAUAGAAUUGACCGUGGGAACGACUCCUAAUAUUGUCUACUACGUGAUGACUGAAUACGAGCCGUUUUUCGAUACGGAGAAGUGGCGUUUCCUAAUGGUUUUCUUUGCUGAUCAUUAUAUAUAUGAUUCGAAUGUGGUAUUAAAUAUAGCCAAUACUUGAAACUGUGAUAUAUAUUUUUGUUUGUUAUCAAGAAAAACACAUCAAGAAAGGUUCUGAAGGAGAAUGGUCCGAAGCGGGUCGUCAUGGUAGAGAAAGCUAUGGCUUAUAACUUCCUUUCGCUGACGACGAUAUCUAUCCCGAUACAUCUAACUAUGGAAGAAAACAGAAAAGAUCUUACGGUAACAAGCUUUCUCUCGCAAGAAUCAACAACACCUUUGUGUUUAUAUUGAUGAAACCUAACUAAUUCAGCUUAUUGGACAGACAAAAUAUAAGAAAGAGAAAGUAAUGUCGAUGAAAGAGUUCCACGGCAACUUUAAAGUGGAGCCUAUAUAUGUAGAUCAAGAGCGGUUGUGCAAAAAGAGGUUACCAAAGAGUCCAGAAGAAUAUAAAAGAUGUAGCGGUGGCCAAGGAAGGAUUGGGUCAAAACUUAUAAUAAACCAAUACUUCCAGCCAUAUCCUCCAUUAAAUCUACCUCCGCUUUCUUGGUUCAUCCGUGGGUUCACCAUCAAAACCUCCAAAAAAAUGCUCAACUUGCUUCAGGACAUGGCUUUUUCUUUACGACAGGCAGGGCCUCCCUCAGAAUAAGCCAUCAAAGCGAGAGAGAACUAUGUUGUUGAAUACAUAAUUUCUAGAAAAUAUAGAAGAUUGUUAGUAAACAUACAAAAAAACUGUUUUCGCGUAUGAUUAUUUUGGUAUCGACUACCGCAGCUGAAAAUUGUUUUGUUUUUUUUAAGUUGAAACUCCUAAAAGUUAUUUGUGCUUUUAACAUAUCAUAAGAUUGAAUGUUCACAGAAUAAGCCAUCAUUCACAG